UGGUUAGGUGUCCUUGAGUGUUCUCGCCCGUGAUUGGGCCCCGGCGCAGAGUUCCCGGUGCGUUGGGCUGCGGCUGCUCCGUCGAUCUCCGCGGGACCCCGGCGGUUCUGCGCUCGGCCGGCCUCCCGGGGGAUGGGCCACCAGGAGUCCCCGCUGGCCCGAGCGCCGACGGGAGGUGCGGCUAAUAUAAAAGGGUUAUGUAAAGGGCUCAGCCAGCGCCAACACGUGGAGAGCCGCGGGAGCCUGGGCGUCCGGUCUUCCUCUAAGAGCGCGGCUGCUACCACCGGUGCAGCAGCAGAAUUCAUCGCAGGCCAGGCCCUGGCCACCGCCUCUCGCUCAGCUAAGUCCCGGAGGCAGCCGCGGUCCGGAGUGGACCAUCCCCAACCGGCGACUUCAGGGGGGAAACGGGCUGCCAGGAAAUGGAGGAGCGUCGGCCAGAGCGCAAUCCAAGGUCACCCUCUUCCGCGUCCCGGGGCCGGACGGAGGGAUGAGGCAGGGGGGUCUCGGGCAGCGCCGUUGCUGCUCCCCCCGCCGUCCGCAGCCAUGGAAACGGGGGAGGAGGACGGCGCCCGCAGAGGUACACAAAGCCCCGAGCGGAAAAGGCGAAGCCCAGUGCCGCGGGCGCCCAGCGCGAAGCUGAGGCCGGCGGCGGCGGCCCAGGCCAUGGAUCCUUUGGCGGCGCAGGGCCCGGGCGAGGCCUACCUGGCGCGGCGGCGGCCAGAGGGCGGCGGCGGGUCGGCGCGGCCGCGCUACAGUCUGUUGGCCGAGAUCGGGCGCGGCAGCUACGGCGUGGUUUACGAGGCGGUGGCCGGGCGCAGUGGGGCCCGAGUGGCGGUCAAGAAGAUCCGCUGCGACGCCCCCGAGAACGUGGAGCUCGCGCUGGCGGAAUUCUGGGCCUUGACCAGCCUCAAGCGGCGCCACCAAAACGUCGUGCAGUUUGAGGAGUGUGUCCUGCAGCGUAACGGGCUAGCCCAGCGCAUGAGCCACGGCAAUAAGAGUUCGCAGCUUUACCUGCGCCUGGUGGAAACCUCACUCAAAGGAGAAAGGAUCCUGGGUUAUGCUGAGGAGCCCUGCUAUCUCUGGUUUGUCAUGGAGUUCUGUGAAGGUGGAGACCUGAAUCAGUACGUUCUGUCCCGGAGGCCGGACCCAGCCACAAAUAAAAGCUUCAUGCUACAGCUCACAAGCGCCAUUGCCUUCCUGCACAAAAACCACAUUGUGCACAGGGACCUAAAGCCAGACAACAUCCUCAUCACUGAGCGGUCUGGCACCCCCAUCCUCAAGGUGGCAGACUUUGGACUAAGCAAGGUCUGUGCUGGUCUGGCUCCCCGAGGCAAAGAAGGCAAUCAAGACAACAAAAAUGUGAAUGUGAAUAAGUACUGGCUGUCCUCAGCCUGCGGCUCAGACUUCUACAUGGCCCCUGAAGUCUGGGAGGGACACUACACAGCCAAGGCUGACAUCUUUGCCCUGGGCAUUAUCAUCUGGGCAAUGAUAGAAAGAAUCACUUUCAUUGACUCUGAAACCAAGAAGGAGCUCCUGGGGACCUAUAUCAAACAGGGGACCGAGAUCGUCCCUGUUGGUGAGGCACUGCUAGAAAACCCAAAGAUGGAGUUGCACAUCCCUCAGAAACGCAGGACUUCCAUGUCAGAGGGGAUUAAGCAGCUCUUGAAAGAUAUGUUAGCUGCUAACCCACAGGACCGGCCUGAUGCCUUUGAACUUGAAACCAGAAUGGACCAGGUCACAUGUGCUGCUUAAAAUUCAGGGCAAAGCAUCUUGGGUGUUUUUAAACUAGGUUGAUCCUUCGGGACCCACAGGCUCAUCAUGUCUCGCACAGAGGAUGACAAGAGGGUACAAGUGGUGGCUUGGCUGGUUGACAUUCUCCCGACAGCUGGAUCUCCGGCAAUGUGAAGCUUUUGUUUGGGUUUUGUCCUUUUAUUUUG